AUGUUAUUUCUCAGCCUUAUCAUUUCGUGGUUGACCUUGGAGGUUUUAGCCAGCACUGCUUCGUCGUCGGCUUUGCCAAGCUCUCGAAAUACCCCAAUCGUAACCCUGAAAAAUGGCAGCUUGAGUGGUACUGUCAAUCGCCACUAUAGCCAAGAUUUCUUUCUCGGUAUACCCUAUGCCGCACCACCUGUCGGAAACCUCCGUCUGCGCAAACCCCAUCCUGCGAAGCCUUGGACUGGAAUUAGAAAAUCCGAGUCAUAUGGAGCGGGCUGCAUCAGAAACUCCAUUGAAUUGGCCGGAUUUAGCCAAAAUUUCACGGGCCCAGUCAGUGAGGAUUGUCUCCAUCUCAACAUUAUACGGCCAUCCAAAAGACAUUCUUUACUACCUGUGCUUGUAUGGAUACAUGGAGGAGGGUUCCAAGAUGGCAGUGCUAGCGAUGGAAGGUCGAAUGGGACAUUCCUCGUGCAGGCCUCUGUGGAAAUGGGUACGCCCAUUAUCUUCGUCAGUCUCAACUAUCGUCUCGGUGCUUUCGGCAUGCUGGCCGGCUCAGUGAUGGAGGAGGCUGGAUUAGCAAAUAUUGCCCUUUAUGAUCAGCGACAGGCUCUCCAUUGGAUCCAGGAAAAUAUACGUCAUUUCGGCGGAGAUGCAUCACGCGUUACCAUCAUGGGUGAAUCGGCUGGCGCCAUGUCCGUUGGGUUUCAUCUUCUUGCUUUCGGAGGCCGAGAUGAUGGUCUUUUCAGGGCCGCCAUCGCUCAAAGCGGCGGCCCUUUUACGGCACCGGUUCUGCAUCGCAGCAUUUCGGAUCGAGAAGCCGACUUGACUAUGGUGCUGAACAAAACCGGUUGUUUAGAGUUCAGAGACUCAUUGAAGUGCCUCCGUGAGGCUCCCGUCGAGUUAUUACAAGAGUCGGGUGCCCUCCUGCCGGUUUCAUUCACGGUCGAUGGUGGCAUAGUCCCGGAAGCGAGUGAGGAGCUUUUACACUCGGGACGUUUUGUCAGAGUGCCUCUACUGACUGGCUCAACGAGGAACGAAGGUACAUCUCUACUACAACAAGCUCUGAGAGUGAUCGGCCCCCUGGAUACCGAGAAAGACCUGAAGAGAUUCAUCCAAACUUCUUGGUUUAGAGGCCCAGCCUCGGACAAUGAUACUCAACGCUGGGCAGAAUUGUACCAACAGGAAAUCAUUUCCCCGUCUCCUGCUGGUUUAGGGACUGUGAAGUCUAAUCCUGGUCCUCAAUACGGCAGUUCCUACGGCGCAGCAACCCUAUGGUUGGGUGAUAUGAUGUUCACAGCUGGAAGGCGCUUCGCAAACCAGGCAUGGGCAAAAGCAAACAUCCCUAGCUAUAGCUUUUUAUUCGAUGCGGUACCGGCAAAUAUGGACCCAGAUACACUUGGAGCUGCUCACUUUGCCGAGAUACCAUAUGUGUUCAGGAACAUGGAAGGAUUUGGCUGGGAAACAAGCCCUUUUCCAGACAACCCGAGUCUAAGAAAGAAUCACGAGGAGCUCGCCGAACUUAUGAGCCGAAUGUGGAUUAGCUUUGCAACGAAACAGGACCCCAACUUUCACCAAGUACCCGGGUUUCAUACUAAUUGGCCAGUCUAUUACAACAAAACCCCUCUUAAUAUGGUUUUCAGCACUAAAUGCCAAAGUUAUAUACAGACUGAUAAUUGGCGAGCUGAAGCUAUUAAUAUGAUGUCUUUAAGGCCUGGGACUGACCUGGGUUAG